UCAAUGUUCAGUUUUCAUGUUGAUUCCUGGUUUGGAUUUCGUUAAGGCUGUUCAGAUUUACAUAAUUGGAUGAGGUAUUAUGCAAUGCUUGGCUUGAAUAGUUGUCUUUUCAUUUGGGCCAAGUGUUCCAAGGAGUCCCCACUUUCAGUGAUCUGGUCCAUCUGGCGGGCCGAGUGGCAGAUGGGCGAUUGACCAAAGAUCUACUCCAUCAGGCAUCCCAUAUGUUUUUUUGUUGGAUGGCUAGGAUUGCACGACAGCGGAUGUUUGUGCAGCUUCACCCUUCCAUGCUGGGGGGCCCUCCAGAUGAUCAGCCUUGAUUUUUGAGAGGUGGGCCCCACCUGGUUAGAGUGUUGGCCGGAAUGGGAGCGUCGGUAAUUCAGGCGAGUAUUGUAUAUUCCUUCUUAUCUGAUUGAAAUGCAUGGAGAAGGGUGGCGAUCUUCUGGAUAUACUAUUGUGACAUCUCAUUGACCUUCAUUUCUUAUAUAUAUUUGAUUUUGAUAGCUUCAACAUAUAGAAUAUGAGUGUCGUUGUUUUCUUUCUUUGUUAAUAAUUCAUUAUCAGCAUUCAGAUUGCAGUCUGAAUUGAUUUCUACGAUUGGAUUUGGGAACUGAUCCUUACAACAAUGAUGAACACAUCCGAAGUCAUUGCAGAAAAAAAAAAAAAAAAAAAAAAACUCAAACUCAUUGCAGAUACAAACAGCAGAUCAGGGCUUCAAGUGUUGGGAGCAGCUAGGAGUAUGGGCCUGAUUUUGUGUGACCCACGCACUAACGAGUGAUCUGGUAGGGCCCACUGGCCGACAUGGACUUUUGGUGGGCCGAAUCUCUUGGGUUUGCUUGGUUUCUUCAUCUGAUUCUAGUUCUUCCAUAACAACAAGACUGCAUCUGCAUACCCUGAUUUCGAAUGUUGUACAAAGGCUUUGUUAAAUCAUCUAAUGAAACUGAGAUGCUACUAAAGAGGUGGGGCUGACGUGAUAUCUUACGUUUUUGAAUGGUUUGUGAGAUGGGGGGUGACUAUUUUGAAGAAAUGGACAUUGAAGUCCUUCCUUCUAUGUGGCCUGAAGAUCUUAGAAAUGAAGUCGGCAAGCAAUUCAAUGUAGAAAAGCCCGGGAUGGACCAAGAUAUGUUGGAGGAGGUUACAAUCACAGAGGAGCCGUCUAUUGUCGAUUUCAAGCGCCUCUUAGAGCUAACUAGUUAUAGCGAGAAGAGCUCCUCUCAGUUGGCAUUCCUUGUAAAGCAGUGGGAAUAUAAGCAGGCUAAUGCUGUUCGCCUUCUGAAUGAAGAACUCAAGAUCCUAAACAAGCAAAGGAAGGAAGUGGAGCUACAGAAAUUGGAGAUCUUGGAGCAGCAUCGAUUUGAGGAAGAUAAGUAUGCUGGUGACAAGCGAUCAAUUUCCAUAUUGGAUGAAGUUUUAGAUAUAUGGGAAGCUAUACCUCGGAGGAAAAACGAUAGCAUUCUCCAUAAAAAGAAGCUUGAAAUAGAUGCUGAGUAUGAUACAAUUAAGUACUGGAAGCAGAGGGCCAAGGAACUGGAUAGAUUGUUGGAAGCUAGCAUCCAUAGGGAGCAUAUACUCCAGGAGAAGUUGCAGGAAAUUGUGAAAAAUUUGGAAAAGCAGUCCUCACCUGUUGAAGAAUUGUCUCAAAUUUUGAAAAGAGCAGAUAAUUUUCUACAUUUUGUUCUCCAGAAUGCACCCGUUGUAAUUGGCCAUCAGGAUAAAGAAUUGCGGUACCGGUUCAUUUAUAACCAUUUUCCGAGUUUACAAGAGGAGGACAUCAUUGGUAGAACAGACGUUGAGAUAUUUACUGGAGCUGGUGUUAAGGAAUCUCAAGAGUUCAAGAGGGAAGUAAUGGAGCGGGGUUUACCCGCAAAGCGUGAAAUUACUUUCGAGACCGAAUUAUUUGGGUCAAAGACAUUCUUGAUACAUGUUGAACCAGUAUUUAGCAAAUCCGGCGACACAAUAGGUGUGAACUAUAUGGGGAUGGAUGUAACGGAUCAGGUAAUAAAAAGAGAAAAGAUGGCAAGGCUUCGGGAGCAGAUAGCUGUGCAAAAGGCCAAGGAAACAGAACUGAAUAAAACAAUUCACAUAACAGAGGAAACGAUGCGGGCAAAACAAAUGUUAGCAACUAUGUCUCAUGAAAUAAGAUCUCCCCUUACCGGGGUUGUUAGUAUGGCUGAGAUCCUUGCCAACACAAAUCUAGAUCAAGAACAACGGCAGUUGUUGGAUGUUAUGCUAUCUUCUGGAGAUUUGGUUUUGCAACUUAUCAAUGACAUUCUUGACCUCUCUAAGGUGGAGUCAGGAGUCAUGAAAUUGGAAGCUACGAAAUUUCGGCCAAGAGAGGUAGCAAAACAUGUAUUACAGACAGCUGCAGCAUCAUUGCAGAAGGAACUAAUCUUGGAAGGACAUGUAGCAGAUGAUGUUCCUGUGGAGGUUAUUGGUGACGUGCUAAGGAUCCGGCAGAUUCUUACCAACUUGAUCAGCAACGCAAUAAAAUUUACCCAUGAAGGAAAGGUUGGGAUAAACCUUCGUGUGGUACCGGAACAAUAUUUUGGACACGAAGAGGGAUGCCAAUCAGCAGUUUCGGCAAAAGAACCAAUGGAAGAAAGUUCCUCUGCAGCAUCUCAGAAUAGCUGCAGUCCAGAAUCCAUGCAAUGUCAGACAUCCGAGGAAGAUCAUGACCAAUACGGCAUCCCUGAUGAUGGAGCGGGAACAUCAGUAAAAAUGGCAGCUUCAAUGGAUGAAUACAAAGAGAAGCAUCACCACCCUCAUGAAACAGUAGUCUGGCUGCGUUGUGAUGUAUAUGACACUGGAAUAGGGAUUCCAGAAAAGGCAUUGCCAACAUUAUUUAAAAAGUACAUGCAAGUCAGUGCAGGCCAUGCUCGAAAGUAUGGAGGAACAGGCCUUGGCCUUGCAAUCUGUAAACAACUGGUAGAGUUGAUGGGUGGUCAUCUUACGGUGACCAGCCGAGAGCAUUGCGGUUCUACAUUCACGUUCGUAUUGCCUUGUAAGGUAUCUCCAAAGGGGGACCAUUCUGAUGACCCUGAUGAUGAGCUCUCUGAUAUGGCUGAUCAUGAAGCUGUAGCCGAUCCCAACACCAAUGAAGCCAACAUUGGGUAUUUUCAAUUUCAACCACGCACAAUGGGUUCAUCUGGUGGGUCCACAACAAGGACAAAACUACUAUCACCGAGCAUUGUGCCCCAUAUUCCUUUGCAUAAACUAAAUGAUUUAUCAGCGGAUUCAUGCUCAGUUCCUUUGAAUAAUUGUAUAUCAAGAGAGUCAGCUUCGCUUGAAGAUGCUUGUUCAACUGCUGAUCCUGCCGAGAUAGUGUCGGAAAUUGAGAGUUCUCUAAGGCCAGAUGUAGACCUGAAUGCUGAAAGUUUAACUGGAAGAGGCAUGCAACGUCAUGUUGAUGCGAAUGGCCUUGUUAUGACGAGAUAUCAUCGACCGAGUACAGAUUCCAACAAUGUUCAAGGAAGUAGAGAUUCCCAACAAUGUAUGAAGAAAUGUGUAGAGGUAACUGACACAGACGAGAAGAAUGGUGAGGACCAUUCACCUUCAACUCAGAAACAUGGGAAAUCUGAUGGAGCUCUGGGGACUGUACCUUCUAGCAGUUUGGAGCUGCCCAAAUCCACAUUGCCGCCCAAGAUCCUCCUUGUGGAAGAUAAUAAGAUAAAUGUAAUGGUGACCCAGUCCAUGAUGAAGCAGUUGGGCCACAGCAUACGUGUUGUGAAUAAUGGAUUAGAAGCUGUUCGAGAAGUUCAAUGUUGUAGAUAUGAUCUUGUUCUAAUGGAUGUUUGCAUGCCAGUAAUGGAUGGCCUUCAAGCCACAAGGUUGAUUCGCUCUUUUGAGGAAAAUGGCAACUGGGAUGCGGCUGCAGAGGCUGGAAUCGAUCAAGCUGUGCUUUCUUCAGAUUCACAGCCAAACUAUCUCGAUUCUAGGAACAGACUCCCCAUCAUUGCGAUGACGGCGAAUGCAUUAGCGGAGAGUGCAGCCGAAUGUCUUGCGAACGGUAUGGAUUCCUUUGUAUCCAAGCCUGUGACCUUUCAGAAAUUGAAACAAUGUCUUCAGCAAUAUUUGCCAUCUAAAAAUCUGUAAAUUCCUGCUUUUGUCAUGUAUAAAGGAAAAUGAGUGUGAUCCAAGUUUUGUAAUCAAUGUAUCAUGUUUUGGCCUGCUGAUCUUA